AUUGGUUUUUGAAAUCCCAUGUAUUUUUAAUUAAUGUAGUCAUUAAACAUAUUUUAUAAAUGCGCUAAAAUAUGUUCGCCAGCUUUAUAGAAAUAAUGAUGUAUCUACUCGUGUUCCGACAACCAAAGUUUACAGAGUAUCUUACCCAGUGAAUUUUCCGAGCAAUAAAAACGAUUAAGGUAUUAGCAGCACUACAGAAGAUUGGCCUUAAAAUCACCUGAUAUUUUGACAUCACCAGAUGUCACAAGUCACAGCUUUAAAAAUGUCAAGUUCAUAGUACAAUAUUUUUAAGAUUUUUGUAAAAUAUUCUUCAACUAUUUGAGAUGGUCAUUCUUAAAUACUACAAAACAUAACCCUACAUUUACCCCAAGUUUAUCAUGGAAACUUGACCUUUAUUACAUUACGUUCAUCGAGUAUUUAUCUAUGUUUGUAUUUCCUAAACAUGGAUUUUAUUCCGGUAGAAGUUAAUGAACGCCAAGGUUACAUAAAAACCAUAGAAUGGCAUAUGAUGGACAAAACCAAAUUCUUUCCAUUGUCAAUGCUAAGUUCCUUCUCUGUACGAUGUGCCCUUUAUCCCUUGACAUUGAUAAAAACAAGACUACAGAUACAAAAGCAUAAUGAUAUGUACACAGGAAUGUUUGAUGCUUAUGGGAAAAUUUACAAAUAUGAAGGUAUUUCAGGCUUGUAUAGGGGAUUCUGGAUUUCAUCAGUACAAAUAAUAAGUGGUGUAUUUUAUAUCUCUACUUACGAAGGGGUGAGGCAUAUAUUAUCAAAGAAAAAUCUAGAUUCACGUCUCAGAGCAUUAGUUGCAGGUGGAUGUGCAUCUUUAGUGGGUCAAACUAUAAUUGUACCAUUCGAUGUACUAAGUCAGCAUCUUAUGAUGAUAGGCACAGUGAGUAAAGAAAACAAGAUAGCAUUCAACCCUUUGGGUGUUAAUAGUAAUCCAGAUAGAAGCAAACUAGCUCUCACGAUUGAUGUGGCUAGGAAAAUAUUCAAUGUUGACGGUAUUAGUGGAUUCUAUCGAGGAUACUGGGCCAGUUUAGCAGCCUAUGUGCCAAACUCGGCUCUUUGGUGGGGAUUUUAUCACUUUUACCAAGAUGAACUGCUCAAGGUUAUCCCAACAUCAGUUUCCCAUCUCUUUAUUCAAACAAUAGCAGGCACAAUGGGUGGCUUCACAACCACCAUUAUAACAAAUCCGUUAGAUAUAGUUCGAGCCCGGUUACAAGUUCAGCGUUUAGAAUCGAUGGGCGAAGCAUUUAGAGACCUGUGGAGGGAAGAAGGGCCGAGGAUGUUCACGAAGGGGCUAAGCGCCAGACUCGUACAAUCUGCCACGUUUAGUUUUAGCAUUAUCUUAGGUUAUGAAACUAUCAAACGGGUGUCUGUUAAUGAGGAAUAUAAAGAGUUUGUACGAUGGUGAUAUUUGUCUGUAAAACUAGUUUGCUGUAGGUAUUUGAAUGAUGUUCGGAAAUGUAAUGAGACGUAAAUCGGAGCUUUGAAAUAACGUUUCGUUUAUGUACAGGGCGAUUUAGCAAUAAAAAGUGGUGUAGAAAUGUAGAACUUACAGAAUACCUCACUUCAAAUUAAUAGAGUUCAUAUUAUUUAAUUCACCACUCGAUUUGAAAAAAGGCACUACUGUCACACAGCCAUACACAUACAUUGUGUAUUAUCGAGAAAAGAAUACAAUAUUUUUUAUACAGAUUAUCUAGAUCAAUUUUUAGUUAUAUUAUUUAUUUUCAUAGUGUUUUAUUUUUGUUGUUGAAUUUUGACGUGAUUUGUUACAUUUUAUAUAACUUAGUUUAUAAAUAUAAAAAGUUGUUGCUUAGUUGAAGAUAUAAGGUUAUAACGGAAGUACUAGACAUUGGACACGCAUUCUAUGAAAUAUAACGGUUUAAAAUC